AUAAAAAGCUGGUUGGAAGUGCUGAACAAACAUGAAUCCAAGCAUAGAAGCAAGAUCAGAUUUUUAUUCCCGGACAAACAGAGGAAUGAGUUUGAGGAUGAAGACUGGAAUCUGCAAGCUUCUUCUUCUUCAUCUUCUUCUCCUUGCAAUGGUGGAAUGCAGUUUGGCUAAAAGAGGAUUUUCCAUGGCGGAUAGUGCAGCUCAAGAGCUCGUGAAAGCGCAGUCGUUUCCACGGCAAAACACGGCGAGUUUCCCUGCCACCGCCGUCGACAACCACCAUGUGAUACCGAGGACCCAGUUUAACAGCAAUAGCCCGCCUGAUGCGGAUGAUGAAGGAACUGGAAGUGGUGAGAUUAAUGGUUGAGUUAUGUGUAAUUUCAGCCCUGAAACAUACAAAUCUUAAUUUGUUUUUAUGUAAUAUGGCAGAAGUCCUGUGUAAUACUGAAAGUUUUAUGUAAAUAAAAUGUUGUUCACAUCUAUGCAGAGA